GGAGCGCUGAGGGCGGCGCGGAGGCCGCGGCCGGGCCGGGCCCUGUGAGGGGGAGAGCGGGGGGCUCCGCCGGCUCCUUCCCCGUCCCUCGGGCAGCGCUUCCCUGCGGGAACCCCGGGCAUGGAGACCGCGAGCUUUCCCACCAAGGAGUUGAGUCCUUCAGGACAUAGCUUUAACUUGGAGAGCUGAUGGCAUCGCCGAGCAGCGAGGAUGCAUUUCAGCAUUCUGAGGGGCUCUCCCUGAACGAUUUGGAGAGCCUGCCCAGCCUGCGCAGCCGCUCCGCCAGCGUCAGCAGCACCGGCUCCAGCGGCCGCGUACAGCUCCGGCACAGGGUGGCCCAGCUGAUGGCGUGCGUGGAGGACAUCAGCUCGGAUGAUGAGAUCCAUGAAGAAGUGUCUCGCACUCUGGAUGAAGCUUUCCUCAUCUGGGGGAAAAAGCUGAAGGAUAAGUGGCAAGAAUUCAGACUACACUUAGUUACCUGGAAUGUGGGCACAGCUUCUCCCCCUCCUGAUGUCACGAGUUUACUUCAGCUCAACUCAGUGAGCCCCACCACGGAUAUGUACGUUAUAGGCUUACAGGAGGUGAAUUCAAAAAUCACAAAUUUCCUGUCUGACUUGGCAUUUGAUGAUCCAUGGAGCAUUUUUUUCAUGACCGUCUUGUCUCCUUUGGGAUAUAUCAAGCUCUCCUCAGUUCGCAUGCAGGGGUUGCUGCUUCUGAUCUUUGUGAAGCACGUGCACCUUCCCUUCAUCCGGGACAUCCACACCCACUACACCCGGACAGGCCUCUAUGGCUACUGGGGGAACAAAGGAGGAGUCAGUGUCCGCAUGUCCCUCUUCGGGCACACGAUCUGUUUCAUGAACUGCCACUUGCCAGCUCACAUAGAGAACACAGAGCAGCGACUGGAUGACUUUGAGAAAAUUCUGGAAAUGCAAUUUGAAGGAGAGAAUGUUCCAAGUCCCUUGGAUCACGAGGUUCUCUUCUGGUUUGGAGAUCUAAACUUCCGGAUAGCAGAUUAUGGGAUACACUUUGUCAGAGAAUCAAUCAACAACAAGCGUUUCAAUCUGCUCUGGGAAAAGGACCAGUUAAAUAUGGCAAAAAAGAAUGAACCAUUUCUGAAGGAAUUCAAAGAGGGUCCUCUGCAGUUUAAGCCCACCUACAAGUUUGACCUUUACUCAGAGGUCUAUGACACAAGAGAACAGAAGUCCCUGUUUUGGUUUAAUGAGAAGAAAAGAAAGCCAGCAUGGACUGAUAGAAUUCUCUGGAAAGUGAAAAAUCUCAGUGAGGUUGCAUCAAAAGAAGGCGAAUUCCCUGAAGAAGAGAACCUGAUUUCUGUUACUCUGAAUAACUAUGUCAGUCACAUGAGCUAUGGCAUCAGUGAUCACAAACCUGUCACAGGAACUUUCAAGCUUGAGAUGAAGCCUCUUGUCUCGGAUCCCUUGGUCAUGCUGAAUCCUGAGGGUGAGUGGAGUGCAGAGCAUGAUGUUCUCAUCCGCUACUCUGCGGUGCCUGAGUUCCCCAGCAGUUCUUGGGACUGGAUUGGGCUCUUCCAGGUGACUUUCAGGCACAUGAAGGAUUAUGUUACUUAUGCUUGGGUGGAAGAUGAUGAAAUUUCUUCCAACAGACACAGCAAACAAGUUUACAUGAGUGCUUCAGAAAUACCUAAGGCAGGAGGAGAAUUUUUGCUCUGUUAUUAUAGCAAUAACUUGCAGUCAAUAGCUGGCAUCAGUGAACCUUUUCAGAUUCAGCCUAGCCGAACACCAGUAGAAAAGGAUCUGCCAGAGGAAGGGAGCAGUUGGCUGCAGAAACCUGACAAUCCAGAAUCAAGUGGUGAUUCUGAACAAAGAAAGGGCAUUUAAUGGUCCUGGUUCAGCAGUCAGAUGAUUCUUUAUGUCUUAGUGAUUGUAAGCUUUUGCUCUUAGAAGAUGGAGUAAGACAGGUAGGAUUGUUCAGAAAUUUUGGAAGCUGUAGAAAAUAAUUUAUUGUGGAAAUGGAUAUUUUUAUUCUGGGGAGAGUAAUUCUCUUGCACUGGAUGAGAACUGUAAAAUAGCACUUAAGGAAUGCUGUAUGUUUUGAGGUGAUAGAUAUUUCUAAUGCAAUGAUUUAACCUAAGCAAGUUGCAGUGUUUAGUAGGUUUUCAGGUUUGUUCCUUUUUUUGUAGAGGAUAUUUUAUUUACGAUGCAAUAUUUACUAUGCUGUAACCACUUAAUAACUGAUUUCCAAAUUUUGAGUUUAAAUGAAGUUAUUUAAGAAUUAUUUAUUAGAUACAGCUAGUUAGCUUGUUUUGAAAUUUUAUUUGACUUUCAAAUGUAAGCUAAUUACCUUUUGGGAAACUCUAGUGACAACAGGUCACAUGAAAAACAAAAUCUUUGGAGUGUGUAAAGUCUCCUUUGGUAGAUCCUUCUCUUCAUGCCUUACUGGGAGCUCUUUGUAGGAUUUUCCAUUUCUGAUUCUUCCAAAUUGAAAUACAUUUAUCAAAAUGCACUAUUCCUGAUUUUUUAAAUUCUUCUUUUAUAAAACAAUUAAGCAAUUUGCCUUUUGCCUUUACCCCCCUCAUUAAAAAAAUAAAAUAAACCCAUUUUUAUACCAGUCCCUGGCUUGGAGUGAGCCAAGGUCCCACAACUUCUGAGGAAAAUUGCAGAAGUUGAGAAAUGCUUUAGCAUAGGUGACCAGCUCAUGGUUGAUGAUUUGGCAUAAUCUUUGAAAAUUGUAAAUCUCUUCAAUUUAUAGCAGACAGUCUGCAAACUUUCUGUUUUUCUAGAGAGAAAGGUUUACAGACCUUUCUGUAUCCUGUGCACUUGAGGGUGGAGGUGGAAUAAGAAAUUUCCUGUACCUUUAGGAGCCUGAAAGGUAGUUAGCUUCUGAAAGGGUCUUGUUUCUUGAUGAGGAAAUAGAGAUCUUUGGAAAGGCUAGGAAGGGGCACCAACAUUCCACAGAAUCUCAGACUGCAGUGCUGGGACAGAGCACUUUGAGGCUCCCUUGUUCUGUAUCCACAGCUCCCUCCCAUGUGUGGUGAGCAGAGUUAGUCACUCCUCACUGGCACAGGGAUAGAAAAGAGCAGAUUUGGCUCAGGUGGAAGAGCAAGGGGUGUUGGGAUGUUCAUGCUGGAAUUCUGCUUCAGAACUGAGUGGAUUCCUUUUUGCUCUUUUUCUCAAAGCCUUAUUUUUUUCAGGGUUGUUUUGAGAUAGAAAGUUAACAGCUUGAUAGGAUAUUUAUUUUGCUUUUAUCAUUCACUGUAUCAAAUCUUUUGAGGUCCAGGUGUCUUUGUGUCCUGUUGAAGGUCUGACAUAGAAUUCUGGUUAGGUAGUUGCAGUGGGCUUUAGGAACACUUGACCUCUGUAGGUUUUAGUCGUAUCUCAGCUUGGUGUUGGGAACUGUUCCCACUGUGAGUAGUGAGGGCAGGUUCAGAGGAUACUGUGUUCAUUGCAUGGAUUAGCACUGCCUUGAGGUUUACAGUUUGUACAUUCCUGUUACACUUUGGAACCAUAUUAGAAACAGUUUUCCCAUUUAUACUGAUCUCCCAAGGAUUUGUUUUGCACUGAAUUUUUCAGGUAUGUGACUUCUCAUGGCAAUUAGGGCAUCAGACAAAUCCCUGCUUUGAAUUGCAGUACCUUCUGCAGUUCCUGAGUUGUGCUCUAUCUCUGGUUUCACUUGUGUAACUCUCUGACCAUUCUCCAUGCAAGGAGAUUCUGUGGAGAGCCCGAAGAGCAGUGGGCUUUGAAUUCCAGACCACAGCUGGCGAUUUACUGUGGACCAAGAUCCAGUUUCUUCUAAGCAGGGUGCAUCUGCUGGGCAGCAGCAGCUCAGAGGGAGCCAUGCAGCCUCUUUUCAGGGGCGAGACACUCGAGAUCCUUUGUGUUUGUGGGAGCUGAGAGCCCUCUGUCACUGGACACAGAAGCUGCAUUUUGUAAACUGAUCCUUUGAACCACGGGACUUCCCGGAAAAUGCCCCCAGCAGCUGGGAUUGGAACUGCUUAUGUGUAAGGAGGAUGCUGCACAGAACUCUGCACUUCUUUCUUCAGUAUUAUGCACACAGAGGCACUUUUGUUUACUACUGUUACCUAUGGUAGCUUUUCAAACUAUUCCAUGACCUGUAAUGAUGCAAUUUCUGAUGAAAUUUAUCUUUUCUUAAAACACCUUUAAUUGGAUGUUAUAAUCACUGGAAAUGUUUUUAUACUCAUGUGUUUUUCUUUUCAUGUACCUCUAAAAUAAAUCCUGGCAGUGAAGUGUU